AUGAAGGACCAGAAGCAGCAGACCUUCUGGCAGGAGACGGGCCGAUGGGAGGGCUCCGAGGAGAGCUUCGAUCCUCAGUCCGGGGUGUGGGCGACUUCGAGCAUCUCCUACCUCACCUUCAAGAGCCUCAUCCAGCUCAGACGCACCAUGAACACAGGUGUGACGAUUUUCGACUGUGAAGAGCAGACACUGGCCGGCAUCGCAGAGAAGAUGGUCAAUGAGAUGGUUAAAAAGAAGGAGAUCCAACCUGGAGCCAGGGAGGGAGUGCUGAAAUCUCUGCUUCAAAACCACAGCCAAUCAGAUGACCCGGAGAGACAAGCCCUGACUGAUGGGGUGGACCUGAAGAAGUUUUCAGUCAAGGACAGGAGACAAGAAUCUGACUGCGUUGAGGCCUCCAUGGUGCUAGUAGGAGCCUUGGACUUCCUGGAAAGGCCUACAGUUGUAUUUGUGCGUCUGAAGGAAGCGGUGGUGCUCGACUCUGCCUUAGAGGCCCCGGUGCCAGUACGCUUCAUCUUUACUCUGAUAGGCCCCAGCAAGAGUGACAUGGACUACCACGAGACUGGACGGGCCAUGGCAGCACUAAUGGCUGACAAAGUGUUCAACCAGGCAUCGUUUCAGGCAAAGAGCCCCCGUGAGCUGACGGACGCCAUGUCCGACUUCAUGGACUGCAGCAUCGUCAUCCCGCCCACAGAGAUCCAGAACGAAGCCAUGCUCAGCUCCAUCAUCAGCUUUCAGAAGAAACUACUGCAGGACAGGUUCCAGUACUCUGAGACCACCACCCGUCUGGACUCCAAACCUCGCAGGGUUUCCAUCUUAACUGGUCCCCCACCUGAAGACCCCCUGUCCCGUACUGGUCGCCCAUUUGGCGGGAUGAUACGAGACAUAAAGAGGCGCUACCAUUACUACAAGAGUGACAUCACAGAUGCUCUAAACGCCCAGGUCCUUGCCGCCAUCAUCUUCAUCUACUUCGCCGCCCUGUCUCCCGCCAUCACCUUCGGAGGACUGCUGGCUGAUAAGGUGGACAACAUGAUGGGCGUUUCAGAGCUCCUCAUCUCCACCAGCAUUCAGGGGAUCAUCUUCUGCUUCGUUGCUGCUCAGCCCGUCCUGGUCAUUGGUUUCUCUGGUCCUCUGUUAGUGUUUGAGGAGGCCUUCUUCGCUUUCUGCAAGUCCCAGGACAUUGAGUACAUUGUGGGGAGAGUGUGGGUUGGAGUGUGGCUGGUCAUCAUCGUGGUGGUCAUUGUGGCCUGUGAGGGCAGCUUCCUGGUGCGGUUCAUCUCCCGCUUCACCCAGGAAAUAUUCUCCAUCCUCAUCUCCCUCAUCUUCAUCUAUGAAACCUUUUCCAAGCUAGGAAGGACCUUCAAGGCUCAUCCGCUGAUUCUGAAUUACGAUCAUCUGAAUACAACUCUAGAAAAUCCCUGGGACCCAAAAAUGGAACAGAUGGCCACUUAUGACAACGCCACAGGCAACACAACGGUUGUUGUCAACAUUAUUAAGCCAUCUUACCCCAACACAGCCCUGCUCUCCAUGUGCCUCAUGUUAGGCUGCUUCUUCAUUGCUUUCUUUCUGCGCCAGUUCAAGAACGGCACUUUUCUUCCUGGAAAGGUCAGACGUUUGCUUGGUGACUUUGGCGUGCCCAUUGCCAUUUUCCUCAUGGUUCUCGUGGACUACAAUAUUGAUGAUACCUACACCCAGAAACUAGUGGUUCCCAAAGGUCUGAUGGUGUCCAACCCGUCCAAAAGAGGCUGGCUCAUCAACCCCUUUGGAGAGCACCAGACUUUCCCUGUGUGGUUGAUGUUUGCGUGCUUUGUCCCGGCCUUGCUCGUCUUUAUUCUCAUCUUUCUGGAGUCUCAGAUCACAACUUUGAUUGUGAGUAAGCCUGAGCGGAAGAUGGUCAAAGGCUCCGGGUUCCACUUCGACUUGCUGAUUUUAGUUGGCAUGGGAGGGAUUGGUGCAAUAUUUGGUGUGCCGUGGCUUAGCGCUGCCACGGUGCGAUCUGUCACCCACGCCAACGCCCUCACUGUCAUGAGCAAAGGACCAAAACAUGUGAUUGAGAAGGUGAUGGAGCAGCGGGUCAGUGGCAUCCUGGUGGCGUUGCUUGUUGGUCUGUCAAUUCUGAUGGAGCCGAUCCUAAAGAUGAUUCCCAUGUCGGCCUUGUUCGGGAUCUUUCUCUACAUGGGAGUUACGUCACUCAAUGGCAUCCAGCUGUGGGAUCGGAUGCUGCUUCUGCUCAUCCCUAAGAAAUAUCACCCAGACGAACCCUACGCCACCAGAGUGUGCACAGGACGGAUGCACUUGUUCACGGCCAUCCAGAUAGUGUGCCUUGCACUUUUGUGGAUUGUUAAGUCCAGUCCAGUAUCCCUCGCACUUCCCUUCAUACUCAUCCUCACCAUCCCUCUACGCAUGUUUAUGACUGGGCGUCUCUUCACUGAACUGGAGAUGAAAUGUUUGGAUGCUGAAGACGCCAAAGUGACGUUCGAGGAGGAGCCGGGGCAGGAUGUAUACUGUGAAUCUCAGAUGCCAUUGUAG